AUGCAGCAGAACUCCUUUGGAGAACCAUCAGAAUCUGAAAUGGUGAUGAAUAAUUUACUCCGAACCAUACGGAAAAAUAGUAGAAAUUCUCUGCUACGAAAAAUUUUCUCCACUGAUCAUCUACAAGAUAAAGGACAUCUUCUUCAGGAGCUUGAGGACCUUAAUGCCUCUGGGAUAUACAAAAUAAUCCUAGCUCUACAAUCAGAAGACGCAGAAACUUAUCUUCGGGAAUACAAUGUCAACAUCUACAGGAUAGAUAAUAUGACACCAUUGCAAUUCAUCUUUGAGAACCUGAUGGAUCAGAACACAGAAAUCGAAAACAUCAGAGUUGAACCACCUCUAAUGGUUCAUACCACAUCGCAUCUUGAACCAUCAGGAAGCUCCAACAAACUCAAAAGACGUAUCAAGGAAAUAUCCCUUGAAAUCUUAUCGAUGAAUGAAAUUGCAAGAAUCAACUAUCCUGACUAUCUACGAAUUUACAAAGAUGAUGAUUCUAAAGGGAAAGCAUACACUCCAAUUCAAGUUCGUCUCCCACAAUGCUGGAAAAAGGUUGUGGAAGAAGAUUUGGAGCUCAAAGCUCUUGAUUGGUACCUCCAGAAGGAAUUUGACGACACAAAACUCCUUCUGAACCAGAAAACGAGCCAUUUACAUUCCUCAUUGCUCAUUGAAGAGGAACAAAGUUCUGAUCAACAGGAUUCACCACAGGAAUCACCUCUAGACUCUGAACCAGUAGAACAGGAGUUGCCAGAACAAAGUAUUGGAACACUUAAUUACUGGCCUGGUCGUAAUGAGCAUGAUGAACAGGAAAUGUUCGAGCAACAAGCCAGAGCGUCUCAUUAUUGGGCUGAUCGUGCUGAAGCAGAGUAUGGACUUGAAGGAGACCAAUAUUAUCAUCGAGAUAGUCCAUGUCUCUAUUACCCAACUCAACUUCACAAUACUCCUGAAACAGGAUCUCCUGAACCUCUACCUAUUCAAUUAAGCUCUCGAUUACAAGAAGAACUUUCCAAUAUUCAUAUUAAUGCAACUAUCUGUUUCGAUACUCCAAAUUCUCCACCUCCUGAUUAUUGUCAUAUGGAAGAAACCUCUGACACAGAGGAAGACACCCAUAUGGAGGAAACAUCAGAUAUAGAGCACGAAGUCAUCUAUAUAUCUAAUGAUGAACAGGAAAUUUCUCUACCAGAAAACGAGAUAAUUGAUCCUAUGCCAGAUCUUACGAACGUCACUCCGAAUCAAAUCUCUCUUGACAAUUUCUCAAUUGACAGUCCACCUGGAGAAAUAGUCACAAACUUACCAGACCCUCGCAUAUCCCAAGAUGAGUACUUUUCCACUGUCAUAUCUGAACAUGAUGUGAUAAGAAUGAAUAUAUUGUUGUAUUUAAUAUACUCUUCAUUCGCGCUUGCAACCUUGUUCGAUUUGAAGGCUUCCUUCAAGUGA